AGCAGGGUGUGGGCGGAGCCAUUGGGCGAGGCGUGGCCAGUGAGGCGUGUCCAGGGGGCGUGUCCAGGGCGGGGUGUGUCCCGGCGGCCAUGGCGUCGCUGUUCGGCGGCGUGGAGGGCGGGGGCACCCACUCCAAAGUGGUGUUGGUGUCGGGAGAUGGGCAGAUUUUGGCCGAGACGGAGGGACCCUGCACCAAUCAUUGGCUCAUUGGCUCCGAGAAGUGCCUGGAGAGGAUCGAGCGCAUGGUCAGCGAGGCCAAGAGCAAAGCGGGCGCCGAUCCCCACGUCCCCCUCCGCUCGCUGGGGCUGUCCCUGAGCGGGGGGGACCAGAAGGACGCCAUCGGGAAGCUGACGGAGGAGCUGCACCGGCGCUUCCCCCACCUCAGCCAGAGCUACUACAUCACCACCGACGCCGUGGGGGCCAUGGCCACCGCCACCGACCAGGGCGGCAUCGUCCUGAUCUCGGGUACCGGCUCCAACUGCAAACUCAUCAACCCCGACGGGUCGGAGACGGGCUGCGGUGGCUGGGGACACAUGAUGGGUGACGAGGGCUCAGCGUACUGGAUCGCGCACCAGGCCGUCAAGAUGGUGUUUGACUGCAUGGACAACCUGGAGGUGCCGCCGCACGACGUGGGGUACAUCAAGCAGGCCAUGUUCGACUACUUCCAGAUCUCGGACAGGAUGGGCCUCCUGACGCAUCUCUACCGCACCUUCGAGAAGUCCAAGUUUGCGGGGUUUUGCCAGAAGCUGGCGGAGGGCGCCCAGGCUGGGGACCCGCUCUGCUGCCACGUCUUCACCAGGGCCGGCGAGGUGCUGGCUCGCCACGUCGUGGCCGUGCUGCCCAAAAUCGACCGGAGCCUGUUCCUGGGGGAGCUGGGGCUGCCCAUCGUGUGCGUGGGCUCCGUCUGGAACAGCUGGGAGCGCAUGCAGGCGGGGUUCAUCCGGGUGCUGGCGCAGGCGCGGGACGAGGCCCCCGGCCGCAUCUUCACCCGCUUCAGCCUCCUGAAGCUGAAACGCUCCUCGGCGCUGGGGGGGGCCCGGCUGGGCGCCCAGAACAUCGGCCAAGCGCUGCCCUUGGACUACGCUGACAACGUCGACGUCUUCUACACACACGUCUUCUAGUGGCGCGUGUCCCCGUGCCGUCCCCCCCGGGACGCAGGGACCGUCCGCACGCGGCGCCGGGGCUGGGGCCAGCGGGUGGCGGUGGCGGUUUGGUGAUGAAGAGCUUGUGCGGCUGGUAGGAAAUAUUAACGAGCUGCUUCGUUAGUAACCGAAAUUGCUGUGAACUUGCACGUAGAGUUUGGUUUAGGCGAGGGACGCUGGAGGUGGUUCAAAGUGACGUUCUAGCCAUCAGCAGGUGCUGCUUCUGAAGAAAAUCCGAUGUAAGGACCCCCUGAGGGGCAAGAAGAGCCCAGACUCGGGUAUUAGGCUCUGGUGUGAGGGUUUGAUUAGAGUGUGAGGGUUUGAUUAGAGUGUGAAGGUUUGAUUAGAGGGUGAGGGUUUGAUUAGGGGGUGAGGGCUGGGUUGCCCGGGGUGCCUGUGUUCGGGGUCCCGUGUGCAGGGACCCCUCGAGCUGAUCUGUCUGCUGCUGUACCAGCGAAAUAAACCGUUUGGUGGAAUUUA